CCGCUAAUUACUAAUGCUAAUUGCUCAAGCUUAAGCAGUUUCCGCAGUAAACGAUUAACCAUAGUUAGUCUUCGCCUCGCUCGCAUCCUAUAAAUACCUCGCUAGUUCUACUACAGUAAGGAAUCGCUUUCCACUGUCCUCUUCACAAGGCUCUGCUUGAAUUGGGUUAGGAUGUGUCCUCCAGCAGCUUCCCCACUCCCUGAUAUUGAUAUUUCUUCUACUUAUGAGGAGUUAUUUGGUUCUUUGGAGAAAAUGAACAAGGGAUACCCGCUUCCAAGCAAUGUGAUUAAUGAUGUGGAUCCAUACAAUCAUAUGCCCUCAAAUUUACCUGAUGGACUGUGGUUCUUGGUUUCUUGCAAGGACAACAAAAGUGUACAGCACGGGCAUUGGAAGGCUAAAGGGGAGGCCUGCGAAAUAUUCUCCAACUCUCUCAUUACUGGUUGGAGAACGACUCUUGAAUUUUAUGAUGGUCAAGACCCACAUGGGUGUAAAACCGAUUGGGUAAUGCAAGAAUACAGGAUAACGCAGAAGAAAUGGUGUAAAAGCAAAAAGGCAGAGGAUGUUAGCUCACUUUGCAGAGUCUUCUUGAUUGAUAGAUCAGGUCCUACCCAUGAAAAAAAGCAGAAAAUGGCUGCUGUAUCUGCUGCAGACAUAAACGGUGGAACCCACAUUGACCCAGCAGAGUUAAGUUCUGCAAGAGUUAAUCAUGAUAGAGAUCAAGGCUCUACAAGCAAGCACCAGGUUUUGCAGGUGAAUAAUGAUAAUGAUGAGACAAAAGAGAUGCCUGCUAUGGAGAAUCAUUUAUCCAGAGAUGACUACCUGGAAUUGUUGGAUCUUGUCGACCCACUAUCACCUUCUUCAAGUUCAGAAAAUUCAAGUUGCUUGACCAUGUCUUCAGAUGAAUAUUUUGAUUCAUGGGCUUUGUUGCAAGAGCUAGAAACUAAAAAUAACAAUGGCAUAGCUGCAAAGAAUGCAGGGUACAAGUAUAGUUUUCCUACAUCUCAGAAAUCAAACGAAGUGGUUAUGUUGCCAGAGUCUCUUGUUAGCUUAGAAAGAAGCAAGUCUACAGGUAAAGAAAUCUUCAAAUGCGGUUCUUCGACACCUUACUCAGCCACGGCGAAUAGAAAUCUAGAGCAACUUGGUGAGAAGCAAGUGAUCAGAGUUGAGAAAGCAGACUACAAGGAUGAAGGUCCAUCUAAUCCUCAAUACCCUGCGAUAUCAUCUGAUAGAAACUUAGCAAUUCCAAAGGGGGGAAGGAAGCCUACUAAUGGCAGAAUUAAAAAGCUUAAGAAGAAUUACUUCCGCUUUAUGCCAUUUUAGCUGAUGCUUGUAUCAUUUCACACGUAGCAUUAGAUUGCCAUUACCAUAGUUCUAGGCUAACGCACUCGUCAGCCCAAAUGUGUCUAUUGUUGUUGUGUCAGUUUAGUUAUCUAUGUUUGUUAUUGAUCGAUAAAGUUUAAAACAUGAAUGAAUAUCAAGUCUAGGCUAAAAAGAUGCGGUGACUGAUCUGUUGAAUAGAAUAAUAGCAGACUUGGAGCUUCUUUCUUCGUGUUUGUAAAGAUGUCAAAUAGCAAUUCUCCUGUUGUAAAGCUUCUAUGUGUUUUAUUGGUUAGACUAUGGUUUGGAUGGGA